CUUCAUAUCUGCUGCUUAGAUUUUGCUCUUCUUCAACAAACUAACUAGCACCGUUAUUGUCCUCCAUCAUUUGCUGUCUUCAUCUUCUUCCCUGCCAACUCAAUGAGGUUCAAUGCUAAAGAUCUGGCUUUGCUGGCCAAGCGACCAUCAGGUUGUUUUGACAAGGAAGGAAAACUGAAGAUCUGCAGAGUGGUCGGGGAUGAAAAAUUAAUAGAACCGAGAGAGAGAUGGUGCCGACUGAAAGGAAAUCUGCUCUUUCUAAUGAAAAAUAAGAGUUCUGAAGCCUCCGAAGUGGUAAUCCUGGAGCGGUGCUGGGUUGUGGAGUUCAGAAGUAAAACAGAUGUUUCAAUAAUUCUCAAGUUUCAGAGUGGAGAACCAGAUCUUUACCUUGAAGCUGCAUCUAAGCCAGACUGUGAAGCUUGGGCUGUGGCACUGGGAGAGGCGAACUCGGAAGGUUUGAGGAAUAAAAUUCAGCAGCUCCAGAGACUGAUCAUGGAAAUCAAAGAGGAGAGAGCAGCAGAUGAAGCCCGUCAGUUUCUCCCUUCGUCACAAGUAGACAGUUUAAGAGAGCCACAGUUUACGAGUAUUCAGAGGAUUGCAAAUGAGCCAAAGUUGGAGUUCAGCCUUGCAUGCAAGGGUCUAGUGGCUGCUACCCGUGAUCGGAAGCUGAAUACGUUUAUACAAGUCUCAGUGGUACAUCCAGCAGAGCACAUUUUGACGAGGUAUUCAAGCACUGAAAUCGUGGAGGGAACAAGAGAUCCACUGUUUUUGACUGGUGUGACAUUCCCACCGGAGUACCCCAUCUAUGAGGAGACUAAAAUAAAACUAACAGUCUAUGAUGUCAAAGAUAAAUCUCAAGGCACGGUCCGCACCAGUGUCCUACCUGAUCACAAGGAGCCAAGAGCAGAUGUUGGACGAAGCUUCCUGGGCUAUACAACUUUUACAGUAGGAGACUUGGUGAAGUCAAAGGAGCAACAGCUGACCCUUACCCUCAGAACUUCUGAUGGUGGGAAAACAGUUGGUACCAUUGAAGUCAACCUUGUGAAGAUGGGAGAGUUCGAAGAUGGGGAAAUGGGCCACAUCACAACAGAUGCACAGGAUCAAAAGUUCCUCUGUUUUCUGCCCUUGAAGUCCUGUUCAUGUGGAUUUCUAAGUGCAACCUGUGCCCACAAUACUGAAAACCUGGAAAGAAUGACAGACAGGCGAGCCAAAGAAGAGUGUGCAUUGGUUCAUGAGUGUACAGCCCCUGAAGGCCUAAGUGGCAAAGACAACUUGCCUUCUUUAAAUGCAGUGUUAAAAAAUCCAAUCUGUAAGUUAUAUAGAUUCCCUACUUCUGACAACAAGUGGAUGAGGAUCCGGGAACAGAUGGCUGAGACCACUCUCUCUUUCCAUGUUCCUAAAGAACUGAUCAAUCUGCACAUAAAGGAGGAUAUGAGAAGGAAUCAGGAACUUAAAGACUUAGGAGAACUUGCUCCUCACUGGGACAAUAUGCGUAAAAGUGUUAUUGCACACUGUGAUCAGAUGUUGAGCAUGUAUCAGGAUACUCUUGCAGAGCUUGGGAAGCAUACAGGUUCUUCCUUCAAAUCAAGCUGUAGCAAAGGAGAAAAAACAUUGGAAUUCAUCCCAAUAAAUCUCCAUUUGCAAAGAAUGCACGUGCAUAGUCCUCGAUUGAAAGAUGCUUUGUAUGAUGUAAUCACCGUGGGAGCCCCAGCAGCACAUUUCCAGGGGUUUAAGAAUGGUGGUCUCCGAAAACUGCUGAGUAAAUUUGAGGCAGAAAGGCGAAAUACUGGAUACCAGUGUAUUUACUAUUCACCUGAAAACACAGCCAAGGCAAAAGAAGUUCUCAGCAACAUCAAUCAUCUACAACCUCUCAUAUCAAGCCAUGCAGACCUGCUGCUUAAUUCUGCAAGCCAGCAUUCUCCGGACAGCUUGAAGAACUCUUUAAAGAUGCUUUCAGAAAAAACAGAGUUAUUUGUGCACGCAUUUAAGGAUCAGCUGGUCAGAAGUGCCCUUUUAGCACUAUACACAGCCCGGCCCGGCUGUGUCCUCAAGAAACCAGCUGUGCCUAGAAACAGUGCAGAAGAGGGUGAUGACCUAAAGCAUCAGGAUCAUCCUUCUCAGAUUAAAAGACAGGACUCUAUACCCCAUCAUUCAGAGUAUGACGAGGAAGAGUGGGACAGGGUGUGGGCCAACGUUGGGAAGAGUUUAAACUGUGUUAUUGCCAUGGUGGACAGACUGCUUGAAAAAGACAACAGCAGCAAAAUUAAAGAAGGUGAAAGCGACCCCUCUGCAGCAGAUUGCAAGGUGUUGCAUGCAGGUGGUGACUGGUAUGAACAACUUUAUCCCCUGGUGAUUACGCUGAAGGACUGCAUGGGAGAGGUGGUGACCAGAGCGAAGCAGUCAAUGGCAUUUGUCCUGCUUCAGGAGCUUGCCUGCGGUUUGCCACAAUGUUUGAUGCUGACCCUGAGGAGAGACAUUGUCUUUAGUCAAGCACUCGCUGGAUUGGUCUGUGGGUUUAUAAUCAAAUUGCACACGAGUUUACAUGAUCAAGGAUUUUUACAACAGCUUCAUACUGUUGGGUUACUUGUGCAAUAUGAAGGACUCCUUAGCACAUAUAGUGAAGAAGCGGGGAUGCUAGAAGACAUGGCUGUGGGAAUUUCAGAUUUGCAGAAAGUAAUGUUUAAAGUCAUUGAAGCCAAAUCCGAAGAUUUUUUGCCUAUUAUAACUGGAAGGCGUGAACAUUAUGUUAUAGAGGUCCAGCUUCCAGCAAAGAUGUUUGAGCUGCUGCCACAAGAGAUUAAAGAAGGAAAGCUACUUCGCAUGUAUCCAGUACUCUUUAAUGUUGGAAUCAAUGAACAGCAAACACUUGCAGAAAGGUUUGGAGAUACCACUUUGCAAGAAAACAUUAACCAGGAAAACCUAGAACUUCUAAAAGAAUAUUACAACCUGUUUACAGAAAAAAUGCCUCCUGAUUGCCUCCCGCAUUUUCAAGAACAAAAUGAUUUAAAGGGAUUACUAGAAAAUCUUCAUCAAAAUAUCCAGGCCAAGAGGAGAAAGAAUGUAGAAAUUAUGUGGCUGGCUGCGACGAUUUGCCGCAAGCUGAAUGGUGUCCGUUUCACCUGUUGCAAAAGUGCCAAAGACCGGACAUCCAUGUCAGUGACACUGGAGCAGUGCUCCAUCUUGAGGGACGAGCAUCAGCUUCACAAAGAUUUCUUUAUUCGGGCGCUGGAUUGCAUGAGAAGAGAAGGAUGCCGCAUAGAGAAUGUACUGAAGAAUGUCAAAUGCAGAAAGUAUGCAUUCAACAUGAUACAGCUGAUGGCUUUCCCAAAGUACUACAGACCUCCAGAAGGGACAUAUGGAAAAGCUGACACCUAAGUUUAACAAAUAUGUAAUCAGGAACAUACAUUGAUGCUCAUUAGUGAAUAUAAAAAAUUGCUGUUUAUGACUUAUUACUUGGGAAUGUGUAACCAGUUGAGGUGUUAUUUUUAUCAGGUUUAACAUUUUACAUGAAAAUAACUAGAGUUAGUCAUCAUGAAAUAAAAUAUGAAAUAUUAGUGGACUGAAUAUUCUCAAAACCUAAUAUAUUCAACUUUUCCUUCUGAAGUUGAAGCUUAGUAUGAUUCAUCAACCAGCUGGAAUUAGGUUGUUGGAUAGUUUGACAGCAGACUGAAAAGGGAAAUGCCAUUUGCAUUAUGAACUGAUGUUAUCAGUCUGGAGGGUGGCAUUCUGUCUCUGAACCAAAACCCGAGAUUUGAGUUAAGGGGUCUCUUCCUGCCAGAAAUAGUGUUUUUUGGAACCAGUGCAGCACUGAGGUCUUGAUCAUGAAUAAUUAAAUCCUCCUAGAAUUGUUUAUGAAAGAUGCAAAUAUUAAUACCUGGCCUAAAUAUAAUUUUAGUCAUUACAUUUAGCUUCCUUACGUAAGUAUGGUAACUUCACAAUAUAUUUUCAGUAAUUACAGACUGUAAUUUUGGUAAUUCUGUUCUCAUUCCCUGCAGUUCAUUUGAAUGUAUCAUUCUCGGCUUUCUGCACCUGAGCCAAAUACCACUUAUUUCACUUUUUCUUGCACAUAAAUCACGUUGAAAUCAGGGGGAAUAAUUCUUCACGUAAGGUGACCUGAAUAUGACCUAUCAUGUUCCUGCUUACAGUAAACUCUUAAAACUGUAUUUUCUGUAGUGGUAGGUAAAAUGAUUUGUAUAUAUAGGAGUUCAUGUAUCUCUAGGCUAUAAAAAACAUGCAUGUUUUUAUGUAGCCUGAGAUAAAUGUUAUAAUUAGAGUAACCUGCUGUAUUAGGACUAGUUAGCUACCACUGAUUUAUAUAAAAUUUGUAAUGCUGUGUGUAGACACUCCAGGAUAAAGAACAACUAUCAGCUUUAAAAAAGAAUGUUAAUGCUUCUGCUAGCUUGUGUUAGUCCUGAAAUUUGUCUUGCAAAGAACAUUUGUGUUUUCUAAUUGUAUCUAUUUAUUGCUGCCUUUUGCCCCCCAGAGAGAAAUACAGUUAACAAAAAAACAAGUUUUCACUGGUUACUGACCUUUAUGUAAUGCAUUCGUUUUGAGAAAAAAAUAUCUAAAGCAGAAAUAUGAGAAUUUUACCCAAAUGAAACUGCAUUGGGAACUUGGAUAUCUGUAGGAAAUUGUAGUUGCUAUGGAUAAAGAGGUGUUAAUGUUUAUUUGCUCCUACAGAAGACAAAGAAACAUUGAUGCACAGUGAAAUAUAAUUUGUUCUUUUUAACCUAUUAAUACCCAUUAUUGGGUAUAAAUCUGUAACUGUACUAGUAAAAAUGCUUACUUAAGCACCUGAUCUUGCAAACUCUAAUUGGGUGGUUACUUAGAAAUGAUCUUUCAUGUGAAUAGAAUUAAACCCAUCUUAUAUAUUUUUAAGAUAAAAACCCAUCUUUAUGUACCUUUAAGAUAAGGCUUUGGGGCAUGUAGGAGAACCUCAGGAAGAGAUCCUCAUUUCAAUAGUCAUUGAUUUUAGCGAAGACAGGAAUUCAACUAUACCAGCAUACUUAACUAAUUGGAAUACUUUUCCAAAGUGAAGUAGGUCAUUUAAACAGUGGUUUGUUGCAUUUGUUUAUUUGUAUUGUAUGUCUCCAUUUUUAUAACGUUCUGUCAUGAUUGACUUUGUUCUUUUAAAAUGUAUUACUUCAGCAGUAGAUGUCAGAAGAGUUGGCAUUGCAUCAUAGAUAUUCUCAGGCAGAUGAGAAUAUAAUGCCUUGAUUUUUCCGGUCAUGUAUCAGUAGAAGUAGUAACUACUCAGUGGGUGGAUGGAUGUGUGUAUAAAUUUGUGUGCGUUUCAAUGUUACACAGCUUAUCUGUAUGAAAUUUUAUUUGCAGGUUUAUGGAACAUAAGUCUUCCUAGGAAAGUAAUGUUCUGUUCUGUCAGUCUGAUUGCUGCACUAGCCCUCACUUUCCUUUCUGCCAUGUUUAUUAUUAUUAUUAAUUUAGGGAAACUUUACAUGUACAGUUUAGAAAUAGUGGUAAAUUCCUUACACACCUCUGAAAUAAUCCCAAAGAUAUAUAAUCGAGAAUGCUGGCCUUUCUUACAGUAAUUCCAAAAUAAUCUGUAAAGUUCUAUGUGGGAACAGUAUUCACUGGUGGGUACUAUAGGUUCUUAUAGUUCUUUAUCUCAGCCCCAUGGGCAUUCUGUCAAGUUCAAAAAUAUGAAGUUCUAUAGAUUUCCUUUUACUAGGAAAACAGUCUUUCAAGAUUUAACCUUAGCCUUUAAACCACACUAGGGUUAUAAAUUGCCAUUGUGACUCUCAUGUUACCUUUAUAUUUAAAAUGUUUUCAGUAGUAGAGCCACAUU